AUGGGGGGGUGCGUGGGCAAGCCGCCCCUCUCUCCCCCAGGCGUUCCCCGUGGCGACAGCUUCUUCGACGACGCGCGCGCCGCCGGCGGAAGUCGUAGAAACGGCGCGCUCGAAUCGGCGGCGCGCCACAAGCUAGGAUCGGAUGUAGUUCCGCCGCCGCCAGCGCCGCUCGAGAGAAAAUCCAGCGGAGGGUUACAGCGGCACGUCGAGUCCCCCGCGCAAAUCCCGCUGUCGCAGAAGCAUGCGUGGGCGCAACCUUCCGCCGUCUGCGCGGACAAGCUGCCGUCCGGCGCGGAUGAUCGAGCGGGACGGCGGAGCGAGGAGGGCGCGUCGGGAUUCCUCCCCGGAUCGCCCCCUGACAGUUCCGAGUGGCAAGUAAACGAGCCGCUCGAUUUGUCCGUAAUCACGGGCCGUACCGCCAUUCCCACGCCUCCGCGCAGCGCCCCCGGCGGCGGCGCCGCCGGCGGUGGCGCUGCGGCGGGUGCGCGGCAUCAUCCCGGCGAGGCGCGUUCAUCGUCUCGCGGCCUGACAGCAGUGGUGAUGCCCACGCACAUCGCAGGUCAGGCCGUUCCAAUCGGACCGCGCGGAUUCGACGGCGACGAGUCGCGAGACGGGUCGCGGCAGAGCCUGGCGUCGCGAGGGGGGAACAGCGGUUGGUCCGCGACGGCCGGCGCGGCGGCGGCCGGCACGCCGACGAACCCGCCGCUGUAUGCGCGGAUGGCGGGGAGCAUGCACGGCGCGGGGGUGCUGAGCGGCGGGGGGAUCGUCGGCGGGGGCGGAAGCAGCGGGUACGGGAGCAGCGGCGGCGGCGGCGGCGGGGGCGACUCGAUGAAUGGCAGCGUGGUGGUGGGCAUGAGCAGCUCGUCCAUGCAUGCCGGCGCCAUCUCCGGUGGCGGCUCGGGGCACGGGAGCAGCGUGGCGCUUAGGGCGGCGCAGGCGGCGAAGCUGAGGGCGGCGCGGACGGCGCAGGAGAGGCACAACGUGCGCAUCGUGGGGACGGGCCCCGAGCUGCUCGUGCUCUCCCAUGGCUUUGGCUUCAAUCAAUCUAUGUGGACGCAUGUGUUGGAAUCGUUUGACACCGCUCUGUACCGCAUUGUGCUCUACGACCUCACCGGUGCUGUAGGGUCAGACAGCGAUGCAUUUGACUUUCAGCGCUACAGCACGCUGCACGGCUUCGCAGAGGACCUGCUACAGCUGCUCACCGAGAUGGGCGUCGAGGGCGACUGGGGCCAGCAGUGCACGCUGGUGGGGCACAGGCAGAGCGGCAUGAUCGCACUGCUGGCAGCUGUCGAGCACCCCAAGCUCUUCAAACGCAUCGUGCUGCUCGCCUCCUCGCCCAGGCUGCUGGAGGCCCCACCCGACUACAACAGCAGCUUUGGCCUCGCUGACCUGGACAAGGUCUUCGGCAUCAUGCAGGGAAACUUCCGGUUGUGGGCAAAGGGGUGUGCACCGGUGCUGAACGCGGAUGAUGUGAAGGCGCAACAUGUGAGGGAGGUCACUCGGCCGCUCUUCUCGCUGCGCCCCGACGUUGCCUUCUCCUGCCUCAAGACCACUUUCGCAUGCGACCUGCGAGAAGUGCUGCCUCAGGUAGAGAUCCCAGUGCAUAUGCUCUUCCUAGAGGGAGACCCCGCCACCCCCCCGGCUGUAGCAGAUUACAUGCUGCGUCACAUGCCCUGCGCUACAGCCGAGGCCCUCCCUGCCAGGUCCGUGCACCAGCAGCCUGAUGUUGUUGCGGGCGGCAUUCUUCGGCUGCUUCAGGCCGCCCCGGCGAACUCCAGAGGGUCGCAGUUGACAGGCGGUGGGUUGCGCCCGUGGCUGCGCAUGGGCGCGCCGGCGAUCAUCCAGUGGCAGCGCGGGGACAAGCGCACGGGCUUUUCCAAGCCGGUGCGCGCGCAGCGCGACGAGGGCGGCGCGGACGAGAACGCGUUUAAAGUGGUCAUCGACCAGACAUUCCGGGUCCCCGCCACGCUGUACCGCGAGCGCGGCGGUCCCGGCGCGCCGUACCAGCGCAAAACCGCGGCGUUUUCGAUCCACGAGGCGCAGGCGGACGACUCGGCGCAGCCCAAACCAACAGCGCUGGGGAAGGCGUCGCUCGACCUCUCCGCCUUCGCGGACUGCGCCGGCGUGCUCCCCCACGCGCUCCCCGUGCAAGUCUCCAAGUCUCUAGGCGCAGCGCUGGGGCGCCCCGAGCUACACCUGACGGUGGAGUGCGUGGGGAAGAAGCUGAGCAAGGAAGCCGCCGCGGAGGAGGUGGGCGCGGGGGGCGCAGGCGCGCUGCCGCGGUUCUACCCGACGAAGCUGGAGCCGCUAGAGGACGCGGAGGACACGGCGGGGUCGUCGGGGGACGAGACGUGCUACUCGGACGCGGCUGGGUCUGUCACUGGCGGCGGGGGGAGCCGCCUCGGCCCGCUCUCCGACCAUGGGGGGAGCGAUUCGGAACACAUGCGCGCAGGGGGUGCGCACGGGGCGCACGGCGCGCAUGGGGGACACGGGGGGAAGGGGUCAGGGAGGGAGCAUACGCGGAAGGACAGUGGGGCGUCGUCAGGGGGGCAUGAGAAUCAGAGCAGCGACACGGAGAUGGUCAGACGGGGGAGCGGCCCGAGGAGAGGGCAUGCUGGAGGGUACGAGGACCAAGGGGGCUCCACGCCAGGCUCGGCAACAGGUUCGGCAGCAGGUUCGGCGGCAGGUUCGGCAAGUGGUUCGCCGAGGCGAGCGGGAGAGGGGAGUAGGACUUUGAAGGGCGCGCCGGGGAGCGCAAGGGAGGGGAGAGGGGCGGGCAGGAGCGAGAAAGGGAGGGGGAGGGACCGCAGGCGGUUCUCAGGGGGGGAGAUGGACCUUAGCCUCGCAUUUCAGGCGUCAACGGGGGGAGCCAGGGCGCAGGGCGCGGGGGGCGGGGGAUUGCCGCCGGUGGGCGGGGGAGGCGCGGGGGCCGGGGGGGAAGCGAAGCUGGGGGGUCGAAUGGCCUCCCUGCCUGUUGGUGGGGGCGGGGAUGGGGCGAUGGAUGACGCAUGGGCGCAGAAUGCGUGGGAGGAGGGGGAAGAGGGGGAAGAGGGGGAGGAUGGUCGAGGGGAAGGGCUGGAGGAGGGGGAGGACGAGGGGGGGCAUGAUGGGUUUGGGGAGGAGGAGAGGGAAGCGGAGAUGGAAGGAGGAUCGUUUGAAGACCUGAAUGACGCUUUUGGUAACGUUGGGGGUGGUAACAUGGGCGGUGGGGGCAAGGGCAGGGGUGGUGGAGGAGAGGCAGCAGACAUGCAUGACGUGUAUUCGCAUGAUAUUUACGUGCAUGACCCACAGGGCAACCAUGGUGAUGAUGGGGAUGAUGGUGGCUUGGAGGACAUGUAUGGGCAUCACGACUUGCAUGAUAUGUACGGGCACCAUGCCAUGGGGAGAGGGAUGGGUAUGGGAGGGGAGGAGCAGGAGGAGGAGGAGGUGAGGGAGGAGGAAUUGGAGGACCUGUCUCUGGCGUAUGAAAGGGGCGGGCCGGGGCAACCGCAUGCGGGCGGCAUGGGGCUGGACGGAGGGAUGGGGACAAGGAAAGGCGGGCGACAGCAGCAGCAGCAGCAGCAGCAGCAGCAGCAGCAGGGAGACGGGGAGGAUUAUUGGGGCGAGGAGCAGGAGGGGGAGCAGGGGGGGAUGCAAGGGGGGUAUGGGCAUGGGCGGGGGUACCCAGGGGGCGAGGGCUAUGGCCAGGGAGAGGGGGACUAUGGGGAGGGGGGAUAUGAGGAGGGGGAAUAUGGGGAGGAAGGGGGAUAUGGGCAAGGGCAUGGGCAAGGGCAAGGGCAAGGGCAUGAGCAUGGGCAUGGGCAUGGGCAAGGGAAGAGGAGGCAGGGGCGAGGGGGGUAUGAUGAUGCAGAGGGGGAGUAUGUACAAGUGGAUGAAAGGGAGGAGGGGGAGUACAUGCAAGAUGGUGAUGAGGGCGAUGGGUAUGAUGAUGGCACUGGUGGCACCGGCAUGAAUGGGGGCGAGGGGGAAUAUGACGAGGCGUUUGGGUUCGAGCAGAGGCAGGGCAGCUAUGGCCGUGCGGCCGACAGGUACAGGGACCAGCAAGGGGGGUACGAGGAUGGGUACGCAGAGGACGAGUAUGGGGACGGGUAUGGAGAGCAUGGCAAUGAGCGGGGCGGGGGAGAGGAGGAGCAGGACGGGCAGCAGGAGCCGGAGGAGGAACAAGAGGAGGAGGAGGAGGAGGAGGAGGAGGAGGAGGAGGAGGAGGAGGAAGAGGAAGAAUUCGAGACGCUGCCUCCGCCACCACCAAAAUCCCCCAGGUUCCGGCAGCAGUCGUUAGACGGUAAGGACCCCGGUGCUGGUGGUGGUGGUGGGGGGGGCAUGAGUCCGUUCAGUGAUGGGCUGCUAUAUGGUCUCACGUCGCCCUCCAGCCCGGCAGGCGACCUCUUCCCCGUCAACCUCAAGAAGCCCAUGCCCUACGUCGGCGGCUCUUUGGGCAUCGAUGCGGUUACCGCGUCGCCGCCCCGUGCUGGAAGCAGCGGCGGCGCUGGCGGGGGGAGUGGGUCGGAGUCGGGUAGUACUGGCGGGGGCGGGGGCGGGAGUGGGGGACGGGGGGUGCUGGGGCAGUCCAAGAGCAUGAAGGUGGUGGGGGAGCGGGCAGGGGAGAGAGACGAGGAGCGGGGAGGGGGGGACGCAUCGAGUUUGGAGUUUGAGUGGCGCAAGGUGCGGACAGAGAAGAAGCUAGUAGAGGAGGAGAAGCGAGCCCUGCAGACCCUGGGGGACGAGGUGCAGCGGCUCAGGGUGUGGGCUGAGAACGAGCGCGCGCGGCUCAAGAAGGAGCACGCGCAGAUUGAGAUGGAUAAGAAGCGGUGCAGUGAGUUGGAGAGCCAAAUGGCGGAGUUUUCGGCGUGGUCGGAGGCGGAGGAGGAGAGGAUACGGAGGGAGAGGGAGGAAGCAGAGCAGAUGAAAGGGGCUGCAGAGGCAGCAGAGAGGCGGGUGAGGGAGGAGAGGGAGCGGUUCGAGUGGGAGCAGCAGCGGGUGGCUGAGGAGAAAACGCACCUUGACGAAGCUGCUGCUUCGGUCGCCGAGGCUCUGGCUCGGGCUGCCGAGGCUGAGGAGCGGGCGAGGAGCGCGGAGCGGAAUUUCGGGCGGCUGCCCGGGGAUUUGAGAGACGCGGCAAUGGCUGACGUGGCAGUGUAUGCUGUACGGCCAGAGCACGGGGGAUCUGUCCGGAAAGUUCACACUCCCGCGAGACGAAUAGCGAGGGCUUACGCAUUCGUGCGAGUGCAUGAGGGGGAUGAGAGGGUGGGGGGCGUGGCGAGAGUGGCUGUGACUGCACUGACUCUGGUCUCCAAAGCUGCUGCUGAUGAUGCUGCUAGACUGCUCUUCUGGUGGUCCAAUACUGUCAUGCUCCGAGAAGCCAUUGCCAGCAUUGCUCCCACUGAAGCUCACUCUGAUGAGCCCCACUCUGCCAAUUCCUCCUCCUCCUCCUUCCCCCUCUCCGACCAAACCUCCUCUGGUUCCGAACCGGAUUCCGAACCUGGUGGGGGCUCCGGGCCUGGGAAAAGGGGUGGGAGGGGAGGGAAGGGGGGAGGUGGAGGGGCAGGGGAAGGGGCGAGUGGGGGGGGAGGGGGGCGGGAGUCGUGGGGGAGUCCAGCGGCGGUGGUGGCGGCACUGAGGCGGCUGGAGGAGUGGCAGCAUGAGCGGUGCCUGCAGCUCGUGUGGCGCAAGGUAUUCCUCCCGGCCCUACGCCGCUCCCCCUACUUCCAGCCCUCUGCCUCCUCCUCCUCCUCGUCCACCCUGUCAGCCGCCUCCUCUCUCUUCUCCUCCCUCGCCUCUGCCACCUCUACGAGUGCCUCCGUGUAUGUAUUCCUUCCCGCCCUACGCCGCUCACCCACCUCCCAGCCCCCCUCUCUCUCCUCCUCCGCGUCCACCCUGUCGGCCGCCUCGUCUCUCUUCUCCUCCCUCGCCUCUGCCGCCUCUACCAGUGCCUCCUCCCUGCCCUGGCCGGGCGGCAGCACCGUGGGCGGCGCACUGGGGCUGGGCGGCCAGAAGAAGCCGGCAGCGCCCGUGGCAGGAGGAGUGGGAGACGCUGAGAGGGCUCCGUGGUGGAGCAAGCUGGUGGGUGUGGAGCGGUGGAGAGCGGUGCUGCACGAUGCGUCCUUCAGCCUCUGCCCGCAGCGUGCCAUGGGGCGAUGCUGCGGCUGCCUGUACCUGUUGGAGAAGCAGGUCUUAGAGCACUGUCUGCUCCGCCUUGACUCUGCAAUCUUCAACGCACUCCUGCGCUCCAACCCUGACGCGCCGCCCGCCGAACCUCUUGCCGACCCUGUCACCGAGCCUGCAGCCCUGCCAUUCACAGCCACGGGCAAGCUCACCUACUCGCAUGGCAUGCACCUCAAAUACGCCGUCAGUCCCCUUACCUCCCUUCCCCUCGCCUCUCCUCCCCUCGCCUCUCCUCCCCUCGCCUCUCCUCCCCUCGCCUCUCCUCCCCUCGCCUCUCCUCCCCUCGCCUUCCCUCGCCUUCCCCCCUUGCCUCGUCCAUCCGCCUUCCCUCGCACAUCAGCAUGGGCCACCAUUGCUGCCGCAGCAGCGGGGGCGGCAGUGGCAGUGACAGGGGGUCCAGGGGAGUGCUUUCCAAAGCUGAGGGCGAUGGCGCAGGUGCUGCUGCUGCCUAAGGACUUGCUGGCCGACCAGGAGGCAAGGAAGGAGGUGUGUGGUGAUCUGACACUGGCCUUGCUGCGGCGCAUUCUCCUCAUAUUUGCUCCCGAUGCCAAUGCACCCGACCCCGUCUCCUCCACCCUUCUGCAGCAGCUCAACAGCGAGGUGCACAGCGAGUCGCGACGGGGAAAAUCCAAUCCUUCCACCGACAUCGCUCCUCUCCCCGCCACGCUCUACAACCCGCCCCCUUCGCCAUCCGUGCGCCUGCUCCUGGGCUCCGUGCGUCUGCUGCACCUGCCGCAUGCGGGCUCCUCUGGUCUGGCUCUCGACAGGGGGUACGAGAGCGACGAGGAGCUGCGGCUGGUAGAGUCCCCUGCUGACCUCCUCUCCCACAUGCUGCUUGAGCUUGAGAGCGGCGGCAGUGCUGGUGCUGCUGGUGGUGCUGCUGGUGGUGGUGGAGGGGCGAGUGGGAAGGGUGGGGCGGGGAGGGGUGCGACGGCGGGAGGGAAGGCACGGGUGGUGGGGCACAGAGACGGGUAUAAGAGCUCGGGGUACCAACUGCUGGCGGAUAUGUGGAGCAGACAGGCUGCUGGCAGUGGCAGUGCUGCCUCCUCACAUUCCUCUGGUGACCCAGGUGCAUGGUAG